UGUAAAACAGCUGUUCAGAAUAUUUUGCAUAUUUGAUAUUUCUAUUCACUAAUUUCAUCAUAAUAAGCCUUUUAUUAAUAAAUAAAUUAUUUACGGGUUUUUUAAAAACAAUUUUUUAAAUCUUCCAGUACACUUUGACAUACGGGAAGUUCGAAAUAUAGUUUGAAAGAUGGUCUGUCCAACAGAGAUUCCUUUCUCCGAAGGAGGUAUAAUUAAUAUAAACAACUUCAUACUGGAUAAAUAUGUACCGGCAAAGCUUUCGGAACCAAUUUACUCAGCUUUAUACGCAAAUGAAGACAGCGCUGUAAAGGCUCCAACAAAACACGCACAACUCCUCUGUACAGAACUUAUUUGGCCGUUUAGCAGGGCUGGAGCUUUGCCUCUCGAAGUGCCAAUUAAGACAGUAAAAGUGUUGGCGGAGGGAGAUGAUGAAAUUAAAGCUAAACGUAUAUUGGAACUAGCAUUUGAAAUGAAAACGCUUAAUAAUUCUCAUCAGCCAGGAGAUACAAUCGCUAUACUACCGAUGAACAAUGUCAAUAAAGUACAAAAACUCCUACAACAAAUGCAAUUGUUAAAUAGUGCUGAAACCACUUUUCAACUUCAAAUUUCGUCAAAAUGCAUGAAAAAGAAUGUUAAGUUGCCAACAUACAUUCCAACACUUUGUACACCAUAUCAAUUACUGCGAGAUUGUAUUAACAUACAUGCUGUACCAAAGAAACAAUUCCUUAGCGUUUUAGCCAGUUGUUGUUCAGAUGUAAAUGAAAAGGCAUUCCUCAGUUGCUUGUCAUCAAAAGAAGCUAGCUGUUACUAUAACGAACUUAUUUUGGAACGAGGUCUUACACUACUUGAUCUACUCGAAUUAUGCCCGUCUUGUACACCCACACUAGAAAUAUUAAUUGAACACCUGCCGCGUCUAUUGCCAAGGCCAUAUUCACUAGCGAAUAACCCUCUUACAGAUGAAGUAAAAAUUAUAUUCUCAAUACUUCCACAAAAAACUGGUGUAACAACGGAUAUGCUGAACACUUUUGCUACCCUAUGUCUAAAAAAUAUCAAUAUUCCGGAGCCACCAAAAAUUGUUGUGUAUUCGCGUCAAACAAAUCAUUUUUGUUUCACAGUAAAAGAAGCUAGUGAACACAAUCACAUUCUCAUAUGUGUUGGUACAGCUUUAGCGCCAUUCUUGGGAUUUUUAGAGCUAAAAGAACAAUUACUUGGUAGCAAAGCAUUGGAAUCUUUAGGCGAUACUUGGUUAUUUGCAGGAGCUGUAAAUGAAGCUUAUUUACCACAUAGAGAACGCAUAUUGGCAUAUGAAGAAGCUGGAGUGUUGCAACGUUACUAUGAAGCAUUCUCACGAGUUCCAAAUUCUUCGCAUCACUAUGUGCAAGAACAAAUUGCAGCACAUGCAGCAGAAUUUGUAGAUUUUUUUUUCGAUGAGAAAACGAUAUUGUAUGUAUGUGCUGAUGGUGGCUCAAUCUCGAAAUCUAUAGAAAAAACUAUAGCGAAUUGUAUCACACAAAUACGUCACAUAACAUCCGAGGAAGCUCUACUAAUAAUAAAAGCUUAUAAAGGAAGCGGAAAAUAUCGUGAGGACUUAUGGUUGUAAUUGUUUUAAAUACAUUAAAAAUGUAUAACAAGCUAUGAAAAUCUCAUUUAAAAUGUGCAAUAUCCAUA